AAGCGAAACGAAGCUAGAAAAGCUCUGAUCGUGCCGUCGAUAAAAUAUUCCUCGAUACACGAUAUUCCGUGCUCCUCGGUUGGAGACACGUUUCUUCCCCACCUUUUUCCCUUUCCUCGGAAUACUCGUCAUGUGUUCCGUAUCUUUGAAAGCGAAAGUAAUGUGAAACGUGAUUUGUGCGUAGUCUUCUCUUUGCGCGUUCCUUCUUCGAAGCGAAUGAUCAACACGAACUCGAGGUUAACUUUAAUUUAUAUAAGAACGAAGAACGAAGGAUUCGGUUUUCAAUACUGCGGAUUCUCUUGUUUCUUCGGUGAAGUGUUUCGAUAUCUCAAAGAAUGAAUGCACUUAUCAAAAGUAACCUUCAAUCGUUAUACUUUUUUAUCCGAUGACUUUUUUCGAGAAUGAAAUACGAUUUUCUCUCACGAGCUCUUCCUCGAAAACGAUUUCUUGAAGAUCAGUCUCGAAUCUUAUUGUUACAAAUUUUAUAAUCUUCGAUUAUUCGAGACAAUGGAAAGAGGAAAAUUUUGAUCGAAAGAAACAGCGCGGGAAAAAUAAUUUUAUAUUUGACUGGAAAUUAUUCGUGUUUCAACGAAACUACGGUCGACAUCUGUGUGAUAAAUUGCGCAUCGAAAAUGUUUUCUAGAAUGCAGCACCAUCUAUGCUUCUGUCGUGUUAAGAGCUAUUGGUUCUAAUUCUUAACCUCACUUUUCAUCAAGAAAAUGGCGUCUUGCAUAUUAAGAUUAUUUGGAACGCUUAAUUCUUUAAAAAAUUAUCAUGUCGUGGAAAAUGGUAGCAAAAUUUGUUCUUCCAUAUAUAAACAUAACUUUUUAAAGUCUCAUAUUCCUUUAAUGGACAAUAUUCGGAGUACAACAUUUUUUAAUAAACGUUCUGCCGAACAGUUAUGGAAAGGUGUAACUAGCGUUAGUAAUGCAGGGAAACGAAGAGGUAGAGCACGUGGAUUGACGAGAAAAAAGGAUUUAAAUAAAGGUCAAAUUAUUGGCAAGGGUAGAAUUCCGAUACAGUUUCCUGGGUUAAAUGUUCCCGUUAUCAGAGGAAAAGAAAUAUUAAAGCAACAGAGAUUUCCAGAGGAUCCUGAAAGACAAGAGAAACUUAUUAAAUUACGUGAAUCUAUAUCGGCACGCAAAUCCGUUAAAUUGAGUUCUUUAGAACGUGGUUGGACUAGUCAUAAACCCGGAGGCAUGAAACUAGGUCCUCCUGAUCCAGUGGGUGAUGAUACAUUUGAGGGUUUUGAAUCAUGGGUACUGGAAUCUAAGAUAGUAUCCACCAUGACUCAUAAUCUAGGACGUAAAAAUAGAGUUAGCUCAAUGGUUAUAACUGGUAAUGGAAACGGAUUAGCUGGAUAUGCCAUAACAAAAGCAAAGGAAAUGAAACAGUCCCUAAAUACAGCUAAGAGAAAAGCUGCAACCAAAGUGUUGUAUUUUAAUAGAUACAAUGAUCAUACUGUGAUACACGAUUUUUAUACGCAAUGUGGAAAGACAAAGAUAUUCGUACAUAAAAUGCCCGAAGGCUACGGUCUCAUUUGUCACAGAGUAAUAAAAUGUUGUUGUCAAGCGAUUGGUAUAAAAGAUAUUUAUGCUAAAGUAGAAGGUGCUAUAAAUUAUCAAAACAUCGUUAAAGCAUUUUUGAUGGGUCUUUUACAGCAGAAAACGUUCCAACAAAUGGCAGAUGAGAAGCAAUUACAUUUGGUCGAAUUUAGAGAAGAAAAUGACAAUUUUCCUGUCGUUGUCGCCUCUCCAGCUCGAGUCAGAACAGAAGAUGAAAUAAAACCAAACGAGAUUUUAGAUUUUAAUCAAUAUCUAAUGGAUGGAAAAGUUGUAUUGAGGAAAAAGAAACCUCCUCCAUUUUAUACUAAGCUUGAUUCUUGGAUUAUACAUCAAAGAAGAAUGGAACGUAUUAGAAAUAACGAUGAUGUUAGACUAAGAUUGCUUGCAGAAUAUGGUGCUCUUCGUAGUUUCCUUGCUGAUAAAUAUCCAGAAGCAAAAGCAUUAUUAUGGUCUAAGAAACGAGUACAAGCAGAAAAAGAAGCGCAGAAAGAAUAACUUUAGAUUAUUCUUUCAAGAUUGUAGGAAUCUAGUUGUAAAUAAAAUAACAUUCAUAAAAAUAAAAUUAAAGAAUGACUUGAAGAAAGAAUUUAUAAAUGAAAUUAUAAUCAAAUAAAAAAUUAUAAUCCCAUUUA